AUCUGAGGGACCCUCGAGAAGGAAAUUAGAAGACCUCAGGAACAGGUUCAGUGGGGAGGUGAGGAUCAGGGAGUCAGUUACCCCGAGUGUUAAGUGGAGAGAAGUUGAAAGGGUUUUCCGACUCGAUUUGGCACGGGUGUGUUGUUAGCGGGUUUCCAGUGAAGAGAAGAGGGCAAAACAAACAAAAAAACCAAACCCACUGACUUGGAGCCGAUUCGGACUCAUAGCUACCAGGGAUAGGAGAAUUCAGAUGUUGAGUAUGGGAGAAUUUUAGGUAUUUCGUUGUGUUUGGACAUUCCUAUUCGCAGAGAGGCCGUCUGCCACAACUUUUUAUUGCCACUUGGUAGUUGAUUGUCUUUUUUGGGUGCCAUUUAUUAAAAAAAAAAUGACACAGCUGUGUUUUGUGUUUUGCUGCUUUUACCUGGUGUUUCAUGACGGUAUUCUUUGAUGUUCGAAGGCAAAAUAACAUAACAUUCGAGGUCAAGAGACUGCUCAUAAUUUUAACUCCGGAUUUCUCCAUCUAGUGAUCCAUGUUAAAACAAGGCUUCCAGUUUGUCUGCUGGUGCAAGAUAAGCAGUAUUUACAAGGCAUACGUGUUUGUCUCAUGUAUUAGAACAGAUAAUUUUAGGCUGGGCAGAUCAACUGUAUUUUGGCUAAAGAAUUUUGCUUCCACCUUGGCUUGGAAUGCCUCUUCUGUAAACUACUCAGCGAUCAGAGAAGUUGCGCCAAGAUUUAGUCACUCGGGGAUUUACUGCUGCGUUUUCGGUCUUGGCUCUUUCUGCUGCAGGUUCCUGUUUGGGAUUGAGCUGUUGUGUGCUGUGGAGUUGGUUUGGACUCAUAGAGAUUCCAUGUGACAGAGUAGAACUGCUCCACGGAGUUUUCUAGGCUGUAAUCUUUAUGGAAGCAGAUGGCCAGGUCUUUCUCCCGCGGAGCCACUGCGUGGGUUCACACUGCCAACCUCUUGGUUAGCAGCCUAGCGCUUAACCAUUGUGCCACCAGGGCUCCUUUUAGAGUUGAGAGUAGGCUGUAAAUGACUGAGAGAUUAAUAUUCAGGCUGAUAGCAUGAUAUACAACUUAUUUGUUAUAAUUAAUCCCACUGUGCUUCAUCAGGAAGCAAAGGGAUUUAUGAACUCUGGGGGCUGUGGAAUGAAGUCUCCUGGUCCUUCUGAUGUAGAGGUUAGGAGAAGGUGAUGAAGAGUGAAGUUCCAUUCCUCUACUGCUGUGUAAAGCUGCCAAAGAAGGGAGAAGAGAAAGAACUCAACUCAUGCCUCUUGUUUAAUUUCAAAUCUGCUUUUGCAUUUGCAGUUGGCAGGUCCUGGUAAAUACUGCUUGCUGUGUUUUGAUGCUGGUGGCUAAGCUAAUCCAGUGUAUUGUGUUUGGUCCUCUUCGAGUGAGCGAGAGGCAGCACCUCAAAGACAAGUUUUGGAAUUUUAUUUUCUACAAGUUCAUUUUCAUUUUUGGUGUGCUGAACGUCCAGACAGUGGAAGAGGUGGUCAUGUGGUGCCUUUGGUUUGCUGGGCUUGUAUUUCUGCAUCUGAUGGUUCAACUCUGCAAGGACCGAUUUGAAUAUCUUUCCUUCUCUCCCACCACACCGAUGAGCAGCCAUGGUCGAGUCCUGUCUCUGUUGAUUGCUAUGCUGCUUUCCUGCUGUGGAUUAGCAGUUGUCUGUUGCAUCACAGGCUACACUCAUGGGAUGCACACGUUAGCUUUCAUGGCUGCAGAGUCUCUUCUUGUGACAGUGAGGACUGCUCAUGUGAUUUUACGAUAUGUAAUUCACCUCUGGGACCUCAACCAUGAAGGGACAUGGGAAGGAAAGGGAACAUAUGUCUAUUACACAGAUUUCGUCAUGGAACUUACUCUCUUGUCCCUGGACCUCAUGCACCAUAUUCACAUGUUGUUAUUUGGCAACAUCUGGUUGUCCAUGGCCAGCCUGGUGAUCUUUAUGCAGCUGCGCUAUCUGUUUCACGAGGUACAGCGUCGAAUCCGUCGGCACAAGAACUAUUUGCGUGUGGUUGGAAACAUGGAAGCCAGGUUUGCAGUUGCAACUCCAGAGGAGCUGGCUGUCAAUAACGACGACUGUGCAAUCUGCUGGGACUCCAUGCAGGCCGCAAGGAAACUGCCCUGUGGACAUCUUUUCCAUAACUCCUGUCUUCGUUCCUGGCUGGAACAAGAUACCUCCUGCCCAACAUGCAGAAUGUCUCUUAAUAUUGCUGACAACAGUCGUGUCAGGGAAGACCAUCAAGGAGAGAACUUGGAUGAGAACCUGGUUCCCGUGGCAGCCGCUGAAGGUCGACCUCGCUUAAACCAACACAAUCACUUCUUCCACUUUGAUGGGUCCCGGAUUGCAAGUUGGCUGCCGAGUUUUUCCGUCGAAGUGAUGCACACCACCAACAUUCUUGGCAUUACUCAGGCAAGCAACUCCCAGCUUAAUGCAAUGGCUCAUCAGAUUCAAGAAAUGUUUCCCCAGGUUCCAUACCACCUGGUGCUGCAGGACCUCCAGCUGACACGCUCAGUCGAAAUAACAACAGACAACGUUUUAGAAGGACGAAUUCAAGUACCUUUUCCCACACAGCGGUCAGAUAGCAUUAGACCUGCAUUGAACAGUCCUGUGGAAAGGCCAAACAGUGACCAGGAGGAGGGAGAAGCUUCUACUCAGACUGAGCGCGUGCCGCUGGAUCUCAGUCCUCGGCUGGAGGAGGCAUUGGACUUCAGCGAGGUAGAAGUGGAGCCCAGUGAGGUAGAAGACUUUGAGGCUCGGGGGAGCCGCUUCUCCAAGUCUGCCGACGAGAGACAGCGCAUGCUAGUCCAACGCAAGGAUGACCUCCUGCAGCAAGCUCGGAAGCGUUUCUUAAACAAAAGUUCUGAACAUGACUCAGCCUCAGAGAGCUACCUCCCCUCGGAAGGCACGUCCUCUGACCCUGUGACGCUCCGUCGAAGGAUGUUGGCUGCUGCUGCCGAACGGAGACUUCAGAAGCAGCAGACCUCCUAGCGUCGCCUCGCCUUCCUCAGCCUCCUCCUGAGCGUGUGCCCGAGAGGAAGAGGCCUCCCCAGUUCUGCCUGCUGUGUGAAGAAGUGGGCUUGACUGCAUUGCCGCUGUAUAAAGCAUGUGGUCUUAAUAGUGUUUGGACAGCUGACAAAGUUAAACCUUUUUGUAAUACUUUCUAUGUGACAUUUCUCCUCCCUUAGAAACACUGCACAUUUUAACUCUAGGCAUGAUCUCUUCUGGUGUUGACUGGACUUCUUGGGGAUGGGGGGAGGUUGAGAGGGCGUGGGCAACCAGAGACCUGCAGCAGGUAGCUUUGAUUACUGCUUUGUGCAUAAGUCACAAAAACCGCUGGUGUUGCCAGCCUCAAGUCUGGUGGGUGGGGAGAUGCAGCAGCAGUCUGGAGAACAUGUUGAGCCUGAGCCUGAUCUACACCCAUCAGUGACCUCUGGUGUCAAACUGCUAUUCUUACUGCCAGGCAUUCAAGAUAUUAUGGAGGCCAGACCCGCAGGCUCCUGGGCCCCGGGGCAGGCAGGGCGUCUUGAGAAGGUGUUCUUGGUUGAUCCCUGGCGCAGAGGAGGGGAAAGUCUAGUGCUGUCCAGCAGAGGAAGGGCCCUCUGUGUGUCGCAGAGGUCCAGGACUGACUUUCUGAGGAAGUAAAUCAAAGCUGGCUUUAUUUCUGUUCACUCUGGUGCUCCCGCAUCUCGGGAUCCACAGAGUUGGCCCUUUGUAUAUCUCCUCUCAUUGGCCCCUCUGGGCACAGGGAAAGCCAGUGCUGAAAGGACUAGGCAGCAAGCUUUGAUUUGUGGUUUUAAUUCCUUGGUCAAGUAGGCAGUUCAGUGUGUGGAUUUGAUCCUUAGAGAGGAUUUGGGC